CGUGGUGGGCUUUUUGUCUCUUGGCACAUAACUGCUUUGUCACCGGGUACCCAAGUGCCAACAAGCAAUCCUUUAUGUAUAUCAAGAACUCAAACCAGAAGCCGCCGAAAAAAAAUUGAAGUGGAAGGCGAUAGAACUUAGUGUUUGAUUUGGGGGAGUGACGGCAGAAACAUACACGCAUGUGACGGUAGAGGCGCGUGAAGAGGGUGUCCAGACUCGGCGACGCGUCCCCCCUGCAUGCCUCCACAACUGCGACACCUGAGUCCUUGUCACCGCCACGUCUCUCUCUCUCUUCAGCUCAGGUAGCUCAGGUGACAGUGAGUUGUGGUUAUUGUCCUUUUCAUACGCGGCGAUAUGCAUAUGUGAAAUCAUUGACACGUCUGGUAUGGCAUUGCCACCCGUCUCCAUGCAUGUUUCCCUUAUCCCCACCUCUAUCUUCCAUCUCUCCCCUCUUUCCCACCUAUAAAUGCCACACCCCAUCCUCAACUUUCUUUACAACAGUGUCAAAAGUCUCUCUGAGAGUUGUAGUCCAGCAAAGAAUCCACGAUGGUGAUCAACACCAAACUUUCCUUUGCUUUCCUACUAUUCUCCCUCUUCUUUUUGUCUGUAACUUUCUCUCUAGUUGUCGCCAACGUAGACCCGGAGCUCCAAUUGUGCAAGCGCCAGUGCUGGACCCAUCACGAAUUCAGCCAUCGGCAGAGGCGGGAGUGCGAGCAAAAGUGCGAGGAUUACCACGGACAGAAUCACGGAGAGGGUGAAGGAGAAGGUGGCGGCGGCAGUCGCAUUGUGCUGAACUCUAACACUGACCCCGAGAAGCAGCUCCAGCAAUGCCAGAAACAGUGCGAGCGCCAGAGGGAACAGCAGAAAGAGCAGUGCCGCCGACAGUGCCAAGACACUUAUGAGCGGCAACGUGGGGAGGAAGGUAAAGGAGGAGGAGGGCAGUCAGGAGAGAAGGACGAACAAGGCCGCCAGCAGGAGCAGGGGCAGGAGCAGGAGCAGGAGCAGGAGCAGGAGCAGGGGCAAGAGCAACAAGAGCAAAACCCUUAUGUGUUCCAGGACCAACACUAUACUGCAUCACUAGAGACCAACGAGGGCAGAAUCAAGAUCCUUCAGAGGUUCCACCAAAGGUCCCGGCUUCUCCGCGGCCUCAAGAACUACCGCUUCGUCUACCUUGAAGCCAACCCCCAAACCUUUGUGCUUCCAGCGCAUCUUGAUGCUGAGGCCGUGGUCUAUGUCGCUUCCGGACGAGGAACUCUCAGCCUGGUGUCCCAAGGUAAGAGGGAAAGCUUCAAUAUCAAACAGGGAGAUAUAGUGAGGAUCCGCGCAGGGACUACCAUUUACAUGAUCAACAGAGACAAAAAUAAGAAACUCAGAAUCGCCAAGCUGCUACAACCUGUUGCUCUUCCAGAUGAAUUCCAGCCAUUUUAUGGCCCAGCUGGUGAGAACCCACAAUCAUUCUACAGGGCUUUCAGCGAAGAGUUACUUUCAUCUGCUUUGAAGGUUGAACAAGAUAGGGUGCAGAGGGUGAUUAAGCAACAGAAUAAGGGAGUCAUCGUCAAAGCUUCAGAACAACAGAUCCAGGCCUUGAGCCAACGCGAGGAAUCUGGAAUGUUUCCCUUCCCAUUCGGGUCAACAGAAUCCAAGAGAGUAUUCAAUCUUCUAAGCAAGGAACCCUCCAUUUCUAACAGAUAUGGACGAUUCUAUGAGGCUGAUGUCAAUGAAUUCCAGCAGCUACAAGAUAUGGACAUUGCUGUCUCUUAUUCUAACAUCACCAAAGGAUCAAUGGAAGGUCCCUUCUUCAACACAAGGGCUACUAAGAUAGCUGUGGUGGUUAAAGGUGAAGGGUACAUGGAGAUGGCUUGUCCCCAUGUCUCUCAGCAGCAGCAGGGCCAAGGACAAAGCAGAGGUGAACAAGGGCGUGAGCAGCAGCAGCAGCAGCAGAGUGCGAGCCCACAUUACCAGAGACUAAGCUCACCUCUGAAACGUGGGAUGCUCUUCGUUGUCCCAGCAGGCCACCCCCUAAUCGUAGUCGCCGGAAACAACCGGAAUUUGGAGAUUGUGUGCUUUGAUGUGAAUGCUGAAAACAACAAGAGGGAGUCUCUUGCAGGGGACAAGAACAUAGUGAAUGCACUGGAGAAAGAGGCGAAGGAGCUGGCUUUCAGCAUCCCAGCAAGAGAGGUGGACGAGGUGUUCGCAAAACAGAAUGAAUGGUGGUUCUUCCCAGGGCCACGUGGAGGCCAUGCCUACGCCUGAGUUGGUGCUGGUGGGGUGUGGAGGCUUGAGUCAUGAGUGGGUUGGGUUUCCAUCCUUCUAUGUUGGAGGCGGCUUUAGUUUUGAGGGUUGUAUGAAGGAGUUUGCUUCUUCCCUCUUAUAUAUUAUCUAUGUAUAUUAAGACUCAGACUGAGUGAUGUUCUGCUGUUCUGUAUGUAGAUGAGUGUAAAGCCCAACCACUUCCAUAAAUAAAUAAAUAGAGGCCCUACUCUCGGCCUUUCUUUUCCUAA